CUUCGGUUGGAAAAAUCAUUUUCUCGUUCGUGAACAACCUCUUGCCCAGGUUAGAGAGAUUGAUCGUUUCCCCUGAAUACAUGCUACAAAAGCCAUGUCGAUGCAAGGUCCCAGCAAUCCAGUUCCUUACCGGGCUCACUCUUCAACCAAGUCACAACGAGUCCUCGCCUGCAUCCUCUGUCAACAGCGCAAGGUCAAAUGUGACCGUAAAUUCCCUUGCUCUAAUUGCGUUAAGCAUCAAACGCAAUGCGUGCCUUCUUCGCAGACGCGUCCACGAAGACGUCGAUUUCCCGAGCGCCAGCUACUGGAGCGUCUCCGAAGCUAUGAGGAGUUGCUCCGUCAGAACAAGAUUAAGUUCGAGCCACUUCACAAAGAGUCUAGUCCUGCUGCGAGGAGUGAUGACUUGCGAGAGGAAAGCGAAGAUUCCGGUGCUGAACAGCCGGACUCCGGAGGGUCUGAGGGGCCAUCUCCGACCCAUCCUUCGAAACCAAAAAGCGCGUAUGAUGUUAAGAACAUAUGGCAUGCUCUGAGUCAAGGCUUCCGAGGAGUAAAUAACGACGGCGAUUUGAACGAUGGUGUCCGAGAGGUCAUGGUCGGGAAGACUUGGGAUCAUCUCUUUGAUAACGAUGAUCACCUUCUUUUUGGCUCACGACAGGCUGCUUUUGAACUUUCGACGCUCCAUCCGGAGCCGGUACAUAUCUUCCGUCUCUGGCAAGUAUACAUCGAGAAUGUCAACCCGCUGCUCAGGGUCACGCAUACACCAACACUACAGGGUCGUAUCAUUGAAGCUGCGAGUAAUCUGACCAAUGUGACUCCCGCUCUGGAAGCCCUGAUGUUUAGCAUUUACAGCAUGGCUGUAUUAAGCCUUGGCGAGGACUGCCAGACCCUGUUUGGGAUACCAAAGGAUGAGCUUCUGAGGAAGUUUCAGUUUGGCUGUCAGCAAGCUCUGCUAAAAUGUGGCUUCUUACGAUCUGCCGAUCGCGACUGUUUAACGGCAUUAUACCUGUAUCUUGUUUCGGUCCAUCCUAACACAGAUCCUCGCUCUCUAUCUUCUAUGCUCGGAAUUGCGAGUCGUAUUGCCCAGCGGAUGGGUAUUCAAUUUGAGUCCAAUAAUUCAAAAUACCCGGUCUUUGAAGCUGAAAUGCGCCGAAGAUUGUGGUGGUCAUUUGUGCUGUUCGACGCGCGAGUCAGCGAGUUGUCUGAUUAUAGAACCACUUUACUUGCCCCAACUUGGGACUGCAAGAUCCCCCUUAACGUGAAUGACUCUGAUAUUCGCCCCGAGAUGAAGGAGCCACCGGCAGAGCAGGGUAAAAUCACAGAGGGACUGUUCGCCCUUCUGCGCUACGAAAUCGGAGAGUUCAUUCGCCACAGCUCCUUUCAUCUAGAAUUUACCAAUCCAUCUCUGAAGCAUGUGGCAAAGGAUCUCCCUGGAGAUGGGAACCUCGAUACUCUGGAGAAGAUCAUUGAAGAGGGGUAUCUUGAUCAUUGCGAUUCGCAGAAUCCCCUUCAUUACAUGACAAUCUGGAUGAUGAGAUCUACCGUCUCGAAGCAGCGACUGCUAGAAUACUAUUCACGGUCUUGUUAUGGGUCUCAGAAGGCGAGGGAAAGUGAUUUCCCGAUGUUAUAUGCAUUCAAAAUACUUGAGAGUGAUACGAAAAUCAUGAGUUCGCCCUUGACUAAAGGUUUUACAUGGUUCCUCCAUUCCCACUUUCCUCUUCCGGCCUAUAUCCACGUCGUCCAAGAGUUGAUCAAACAGCCCACUCGUCCCGAGGCGCAACAAGCCUGGGAAGUCAUGAGCGACAAUUAUGAGGCCCGAUUCAAUGCUUCAAGUUUAGUCGGCAGUUCCGAUUUUGUUGGCAAUUCCGUUUUAAAAACCUUCACCAAAAUUCUCCUCCAGGCCUGGGAUGCCCUCGAAAACGCUUCCAAAAAUCUCGGAACAUCCGGUCGAGAUCCGUUAGUUCCGCCGAGAAUCGUGUCGAAUCUCAAAAUGAGAAUGGCCGAGAGAGCACAGAACGAACAACACAGCAACAUGGAGCAGCAGCUCGGCGAUCUCACCAACGCAGAUAUCAACGACUUACUCAGGUCAAUGCCGAUGGGAUUUGGCAACCCAAAUUCGGGUUAUGGCAUGACCGGGGCCUAUAGCUUUUCAGGAAUUGAUCCGGUGCCAGUACCCGAUCCCAACAUUCCAGAUCAAUCUCCGGCUCUAUCGGUUGCUCAGAUGCAUCAGAUAGGUUGGGCAUCGAGGGCAUGGGCCUUCCGUGAGCGGCGUCGCGGAUGGUGAUAUAUGAGCCAACACUGUGAUCGUGCUGUUUUUCCCACAGUAUAUGAGAAAUCAAAAGACUGAGCGAUGAGUCAUGCGGGUAUUCUUGGCUAUUCGUCCAUAGGGCGAGACAGAGAAGAAGAAUGAAAAGAGUUGCAUAGUAGAUCCUAUCGCUCGUACCGGAUCGUACGAUCAAGCUCCCCUCUACGCUGUCGUUUUGGAGUACCAUUAGCUAGAAAAUGAGUUGCUGGUGGUUAUUUACGGUAGUUAUUGACUCGGCCUUGAUGCAUCGAGGCUGUGGAACUGGCGGGGAGGAGCGAUGGUUGCAGAAGUGGACCCUCACGAGUGUGUACAUAAGUAACUACAUGCUGUUUGUACGAGACAAAGAUUAGCUAUGUAAGAUCGGUUUCUCGAUAUGCCC